AUGAUGAAAAUCAAUGGAUUCGGUAAAAAGAUGGCUGCGAAACAGUUGAGAACGAAAUUUGAAAGACAAGACUCGUGUGAUGAGACGCAUUUUGAUGAAUUAAAAGAAUCGCGUAAAUGGCGUGAACCACCAGAGAAGGCUCUUCGUUUCGAGAAUCUCAUAAUUCAAGAGACAAAUCUCCCAUUGGAACAAAUUGAAGAAUCGAAGAAGAUGUUGGGUGAUGCAUUGCAGUUAUGUGGCAUUGAGAAUGAAAUUGCCAGUUUCAUGAAGAGGAAAUUUGAUGCCAAAUAUGGCGGACAUUGGCAAUGCAUAGUCGGAAGAAACUUCGGAAGUCACUUGGAUCCAAUUCAAUUCAUUCAUUUCACUGUUUCAAAGAUUUCAGUUAUUCUGUUCAGAUGA